AUGCUGUGGUAUUGGGGAGCUAUAUUUGCCAUUACGGCUUGCGUGUCGUCACACGCAACCCACCAUGAUAGCGAAGAACCACUGUCACAGGAGCGUCUCGAUGAAUUGGAAAGGAAGUGGGGUACUGAUUGGGGCUUCAGUGGCAUCUCGACGUUUGCUCAUCUGCCUCAUACGCGCUGCUUGACCCAUCCCGACACAACAUACGACAUCGCUAUACUAGGCGCACCCUUUGACACGGCCGUCUCCUACCGCCCUGGUGCUCGGUUCGGUCCGCGAGCUAUACGCGCCGGCUCAUCCCGCCAGACCUCUUUCCGCGGCUUCAAUCCUCGAGCGAAUCUCAACCCGUACACAUCAUGGGCUACAAUCGUGGACUGUGGGGAUAUACCAAUCACACCAUUUGACAAUGCCCUAGCUCUACGGCAGAUGAGCGAGGCUUUCCUAGAACUGGGGAAGAGAAAGCCUACAGAGAAGAGUGCAGGAAGUGGGGUUCAAUACCUCAAGAUGCCCAAGCUGAUCACGCUGGGUGGAGACCAUAGCAUUGCGCUCCCAACAUUGAGGGCAUUGAAGAAUGUAUAUGGACAGCCGAUCGCAGUCGUUCAUUUCGACGCACAUCUGGACACUUGGCACCCUGCAAAGUAUCCAUCUGCUUGGAUUGACCCAGAGGACCCGUCAACGCAAUCCUUCUUCAAUCACGGCAGCAUGUUCUGGAUCGCGGCAACCGAGGGUCUUAUUGCGAACAGUUCGAGCGUACACGCUGGAUUGAGGACCAGACUAUCGGGCGACGAGCCGGAAGACUACACAGAUGACUCACAGCAAGGUUGGAUUCGCAUUGCAACUGACGAUAUUGAUGAUAUCGGAGCGAAGGGCAUUAUCAAGUCGAUCAUGAACCGUGUAGGCACCGAGACGCCAGUCUACCUCAGCAUUGACAUCGACGUAAUCGAUCCAGGACUUGCACCAGGUACAGGAACACCAGAACCGGGUGGUUGGACCACCAGAGAACUUAUUAGGAUUCUGAGAGGUAUCGAGGGCAUGAAUGUCAUUGGAGCUGACAUCGUUGAGGUUAGCCCAGCCUACGAUGGCUCUGCAGAGACGACUGCCCUCGCCGCCGCGCAGGUUGCAUACGAAGUAUUGACAAGCAUAGUGCGUAAGGGUCUCAUUGAACAAGCGAAGAUAGUAGCGACAAAGCAAGAUACCAAAGACGAGCUAUGA